AAUAUCGAUACACUGGUACUCUGGCAACCCUGGCAGAAGCUGAAGAAAAACAAUAUUCACGGACUUAAACAAAAUUAUUAAUCACUCCUCGUCCUUGGGAGCAGCCUGCGACGAUGACGUCGCGCAACCUGACGGAGGUGUUCGUGAUUAUGCGAAACAAUGCCUCCAAAAACCGUAGCCACUACGACGAUCGGAGGGGCAGCGAUGCGGAGCGCCUGCUGAAACACUCGGUGCGCGAAGCGGAGGAGGGACUGGAACUGCAGGAUGACUACGGCACUCCUCCCGCCUGGCUGGAUAAGUUCGAGGAGGCGCAGUACACCAUGUCCAAGAUCAAGCCAAAACUAGACGAGCUGGGCUCUCUGCAUGCCCGGCACCUCCUGCGGCCCGCCUUCGAUGAUCAGCGGGACGACGAGUGCGACAUCGAGGUUCUCAGCCAGAUCGUCUCAAAACUGAUCACUUCCACGCAUCGGCACAUCCAGUGCGUUCGCUCUAGCAUCGGAGUGGGCAGCAAGGUCGAGCAGUGCCUCACGGCCAACGCGGUGCACUGCGCCCUGCUGCAGCUGCAGGAGCUGACGGUCAAGUUCCGGGCCAGCCAGAAUGCCUACCUGCUGCAGCUAAACUCGCGUGAGGAACGCUCGCAGAAGUAUUUCGAUGACGGCGCCGGAGGUGCUGGCGAUGUCUUCACCAAUGUGGAACUGGGUGACCAGAGCACCGAUAACUUUGUCGACUCCUUUGACAACUUCCUUCAGCCACCGGCAGCGUCGUCGGAAGGCAAGAAUGGCAACAGUUACCUUUUCGAGGACGACGACCAGGCCAUCGACGAUCACUUCCAGCGACCGCCGGCCAGUAGGAUGACGCAGCAACAGCUCCUGCUCUUCGAAGAGGAGAACUCGCGGGUGGCGCAGCAUCGCGAGCAGGAGGUGACCAAGAUAGUAAAAUCCAUUUACGACCUGAACGACAUAUUCAAGGAUCUGGGGCACAUGGUGCAGGAACAGGGCACCGUGCUCGAUCGCAUCGACUACAACGUGGAGCAGACGCAGACGCGUGUCUCGGAGGGAUUGCGGCAGCUGCACAAGGCGGAGAUGUAUCAGCGAAAGAACCGCAAGAUGUGCGUUAUUCUCGUCCUGGCGGCGGUCACCUUCUUCAUGCUGCUGCUGCUCAUCCUCACCAAGCUCUAGUUUCCAAUUUCCUAGUCGACGUCAUUCCCGUGUUUUUGUGUGUAUGUGUAUAUUGUAAAUGUUUGAAUACAUGUUAUAUUUAUUAUUUAUUGCUAAUGCUAAAAAAAAAACCCCAA